GGGGCGCAGGCCCGGGGCAGCCGCCGGCCGGAUGGCGGAGGAUGGAGGCCGGGGAGGUGCGACCAGCCCGGCGGCGGCACGGCGCUUCGUGCGCUGCCUGUAUGCCGUGGGCUUCCUGGUAAGCGGCGAGCCGGCGGCGUGAAGCGGGCGGCCGUCAUGGAUUUAUUCGGUGUGAGUAUGGUAGUUCCUUUAAUGAAUCUUCACAUCAAAUCUCUAGGAGCAAGUCAUACAGUUGCUGGAAUAAUAGGAUCUCUCUAUGGUAUAAUGCAACUAUUUUCCAGCACGUUUGUGGGCUGCUGGAGUGAUAUAGUAGGAAGACGGUACUCUCUGCUUGCUUGUAUUCUUCUCAGUGCACUGGGUUAUUUCCUUCUUGGAACAUCCACCACUGUGUUCCUGUUUGCCGUUUCUAGAGUCCCUGUAGGUAUUUUCAAACACACGCUUUCCAUCUCUAAAGCCCUGCUUUCUGACUUGGUUUCUGAGAGAGACCGCCCUUUAGUAAUGGGACGUUUCAAUGCAGCCUCUGGUGUGGGCUUCAUUCUGGGGCCUGUUGUUGGUGGCUACCUUACAGAGUUGGAAGAUGGCUUUUAUAAAACGUCUUUUAUCUGUGCCUCUAUCUUCGUUCUGAAUGCUGGUCUUGUCUGGAUGUUACCCUGGGAUGAAGAAAACUUUGUCAAUAAGAAACUUGAACGUGGCAAGAAAAGGACAGACAAUUCCUCAGCAAUAAGAGAUUGUGAUUCGCACUUGAAACCAGUAACUAAUGGAGCUAUGGCAAAUGAUAGUGCUUUCCAGUCUCCAUGGGUCCAAAUUGCAACAGUGCUGAAGAGGAUUAAAGAAAUUGCAUCCUCUGAUUUGUGGGAUAUAUUUUUAAUACGGUUACUGAUGUCUGUUGCUAUACUUCUGUACUAUAGUAACUUUACUCUGGCUUUGGAUGAGAGAUUUGGGGUGAAACCCCUGUUCUCUGGAUACCUAAUGAGCUAUAGCAGUACACUUGGAGUUCUGGCUGGUUGUCUUCUUGGACCAAUAACAAGACUGUAUCAGCACAACACUUACAGACUUCUGUUGCACUCUAGCACUUUUACCUGCGUGUUGAUUCUUCUGUAUGCAUCAGCACCUGGCAUGUGGAUGGUCGUUUUGUCUUCCACAUUCUUAGCCUUUUCAACUACUAUAGGCCGUACUUGCAUCAUUGACCUCGAAUUGACCAUCGGUGGGAAUGAGGCCAGCGGUACGCUCCUGGGCGUUGGACAGUCUGUGACAUCAGUGGGACGUAUAAUUGCCCCACUGCUUUCUGGAAUUGCUCAGGAAUUCAGUCCCUGUGGCCCGCCAAGUCUGGGGGUUGGUUUAGCUUUAAUAGCUAUUCUGAUAAUGAACAUAAACAAGCAAAAAUAUUGUAGUAGUGGAAAUGUUAAAUUAAAAAAUCAAUAGCUGCAAAUUUGGAUUGCAUGGAUAUGUUUUAUGGAAGUGGCAGUGAAUCAACCUGAGUUGAUACAUGCACCUGCUAGACCUGUACAGUAGUAGCAGGAUCUUUAAGAAGGCAAAUUUUGUUCAUGCAGAGACAAGUACAUAUAUAUAUAUAUAUAUAUAUAUAUAUAUAUAUGUAUACACAUACACACACAUAAAUAAAUGCUGCAGGACAGCUGUCUUCCUGAACUGGGACCACUAGAAUUCUUAUGAGAGGGACAGGUGUUAAUGUAUAGUACUGGCUGGGAUUUUUAAUGAACUUUUAACCUUCUUGGAGGGAGUAGAAGAAUGACUUAAGUACACAGAUCCUGUUUAUAGCUGAUGUUUGAAACAGUGUUUAGACUCAUCUUGUAAAAGGUGCAGACAGAAGUUAAUUUGUGUUAUUUAAUCAGAGGUGAGCUUUUAUUAUUUGAUCAGGAGAAUUUGAAACAUAACUUACUAAGCUUAAUUUCUUAUGCUGUGGUCUGUUGCCAUUUUCUGCUGUGACAAUAGAUAAUUAACAAGAUGUUUAUAUGAUUUUGUUAAGCAUACAUUGUUUUUAAAACUUAUGGUAGCCAUCUGGCCCUGAUUACCAGUCUUUCCCAGGCAACAGAUUUGGAUAUAUGCUAAUUUUGUAUUAGCAAGCUUAAAAUGGACAAUUUUUGGAAUAACAUGGGGUCAUUCAGACUGAAACUGAGACCGAACCUAAGCUUUAUUGAAACCUGAACUGGUAGUUGGUGUUUAGUGAUAACUUCUACUGAGCAACUUUGUCAUAAGUUAUUUUGUAAUGCUUCCUGUGCAGUUUUUCUGCCUUCAUUUUAAGAAUAAAUUUGCUUCUUGAGUCUUUUGA